CUACCUUCUAAUACUUAAUUACACAUAUGCACUAAUUACAAAUACACAGAUAAACACGUGUAUACAUGCAAUUUCAUUUGAGUCAUAUGCCUUUUAUUAUAUACUACGCAGCCCCAUUUGUGGCUAAUUCCUAAAAGUCUCUAGAUUAUGGCUUUUAUGUGUUUGUGUUUGCGUUUGCGUUUUAAAUAAAUGGUCUCUCUAUCUCUCUAUGCAUAAUUGUCUAUGCUCAUAUCUACUUCUCUCCAUCUGUCUUUGUCUCUUUCUCUCUCUCAUUCAUCAUUUACACAAAUUAUCUCUUAAUUGACAAGACUUGAGAGAGAAAGAAAGAAGGAUACGUGGAAGAUGAUGACCAAAUCUGGAGAGAGACCAAAACAAAGACAGAGGAAAGGGUUAUGGUCACCUGAAGAAGACCAGAAGCUCAAGAACUUCAUUAUCUCUCAUGGCCAUGCUUGCUGGACCACUGUUCCCAUCCUAGCUGGAUUGCAAAGGAAUGGGAAAAGCUGCCGAUUAAGGUGGAUUAAUUACCUAAGACCAGGACUAAAGAGAGGAACAUUUAGUGCAGAAGACGAAGAGACCAUAUUGACUUUACAUUCUUCCUUGGGUAACAAGUGGUCGCGGAUUGCUAAGUACUUACCGGGAAGAACAGACAACGAGAUAAAGAACUAUUGGCACUCUUAUCUGAAGAAGAGAUGGCUCAAAUCUCAACCACAACUCAAAACUCAGAGAACAAACCUCGCAGAGUCUGCUUCUUCACUACUUUCUUGCGGGAAAAGAAACCUGGAAACUGAAACCCUAGAUCACGUGAUAUCCUUCGAGAAAUUAGCAGAGAAACCAUCUUCAUCACCACCAGAAGAAAGCAACACAAACAUGAUGAACAACGGUAAAUACUUGCCCAAGCUGUUCUUCUCCGAGUGGAUCAGUUCUUCAAAUCCGCACAUCGACUACUCUUCUGCUCUUACAGACUCUAAGCAUAUUAAUCAAACUCAAGAUCAAAUCGAUGAGGAAGAAGUAAUGAUGAUCAACAACAACAGCUACUCUUCUUCACUUGAGGAUGUCAUGCUCCGUACAGAGUUCUUGCAGCCUGAUCAUGAGUAUGCAAAUUAUUAUUCUUCUGGAGAUUUCUUCAUCAACAACGACCAAAAUUACGUUUAAAUGAAGACGUAAUCAAGAAAAGUGAAUAUGAUCGCAAGAGAAACAUAAACAACUUCCUUGCGUUACAAGUUACAAAAAAUGUUCUGAUUUUUUUAGAUCAAACAUGAACAAAGUAUACUUUUUCAAUGGAAAGCUUGGAUCUUUUAUUUCAAAUUGGUUUUAGUUAUUUAUUAAAUUUUCAAGAAAAUCUGUAUAUACAAAUAGAAUAAUUAUUUGUAUGUGAAGUGUUUUUUAUAAUUGGUUCAUGUCUCUA